AUGCUUAGCCGUGCAGUAUUACCUCUAACGAGGCCCAAUGUCCUCGCCUCCACACUCCGUGUUUCGGCGCUUCCUGUCUCCCAUUCGCGAUUCUAUGCGAAGGUUGGCAAGCCUAAGGCUCCCUAUAACAUUCCCGAUUCCGUGAAGCCUUCCAAACCCGAACAGCCGGCAAACUCUUCGCAACAAGAACCGUGGUCGGAGCCUGAAGCCAACACCGAAUCUCAGCGAUCGCAAGCUCCCGAAUCGGAGCCAACGCCUGCUGAGAAGGAAGCCGCCCAGAAACCACUCCCCGACCUUACGCAGGGAAUUCCCUCCACCCUUGCUGCAGAAAUCGAAGCUCGCUCCAAGGGCCGUGGACAGGCUUCCCUAAACCUCACCGAGGACCCCUCGCGCUCCGAAGAAUACACAGACGAUGGUCGCGACGGCGACAUCCCCAAGAACGGCUACGAGUCUUCGCUCGAUCGCCGAAGGGCCCGCAUGGCCAACCUGAUGUAUGUCCUUUUCCUGAUGGCCGGUGCUGGAGGAGGUGCCUACCUGGGACGGAACUGGGAUACCGAAGAAGAGGAGAGAGCCCACCCAGAGACCCCUUCGGGCUGGGGCUUCGGACUCUGGUACAACCGCAUCAAGGCCCGUUACGGCGACAUCACAAGCUACUACAAGGAUCCUGCAUUCCCCAAGCUCCUUCCCGACGAGGAUCCCAUGAUGCGCCAGCCUUACACUCUGGUUCUGAGUCUGGAGGACUUGCUUGUGCACAGCGAAUGGAGCCGUGAGCAUGGAUGGCGAGUUGCCAAGCGACCUGGUGUCGACUAUUUCCUCCGCUACCUCAACCAGUACUACGAGCUUGUCCUCUUCACCAGCGUGCCCAGCAUGAUGGCAGACCAGGUUCUGCGUAAGCUUGAUCCCUACCGUAUCAUCCGUUGGCCUUUGUUCCGUGAAGCUACCCGGUACAAGGACGGCGAGUACAUCAAGGAUCUUUCCUACCUGAACCGUGACUUGUCUAAGGUGAUCCUGCUCGAUACCAAGGAGGAGCACGCUCGUCUGCAGCCCGAAAACGCCAUCGUUCUUGACAAGUGGCACGGUGACCCCAAGGAUAAGACCUUGGUUGCCCUGAUCCCCUUCCUCGAGUACCUUGCCGGUAUGGGCGUCGAAGACGUCCGCCCCGUCAUGAAAUCCUUCGACGGCACCUCCAUCCCAAUCGAGUUUGCCAAGCGUGAGAAGGCCAUGCGUGAGCGAUUUGAGAAGGAACUCGCCGAGGAGCAGAAGAAGAAGCCUAAGGUCGGAAUGGGUAACCUGGCCUCUGCCCUCGGACUGAAGUCCAACCGCACCCUUGACGGUGAGCAGUCUCCCUCCGAGGGUCUCGCCCAGGGUAAGAUGCUUUGGGACCAGAUCCGUGAGCGCGGCCAGAAAAACUACCAGAUGAUCGAGAGCGAGAUCCGCGAGAACGGCGAGAAGUGGCUGGCCGAGAUGGCCGCUGAGGAAGAGAAGGCCCGACAGGAGCAGAUGGACGCAAUGAAGGGCUCCUUCACUGGCAUGUUCGGUGCCGGUGGUAAGAAGGAGUAA